AUGGUCUGGCCGCGGUUUUUCUCAAUUUUUGUUCAACCUUCACGUAGGAAUGUAUCUGCCGACGGACAUGCACACCAGCGUGAUGUCCUUCCUUGGAUCGAAACCCCGAUCGAUGAAAGAGAUGGAGAUCCUCCACACCUAUACCGGCAUUCCGACGCGACGCCAAUAGAGCUAUUCUUCGACCUCUUUUUUGUCGCGAACUUAUCGACUUUCACCGCUACGCAUGAAAUAAACAAUUUAGAAGCAUUGGGCUCCUACAUCAGUUUUCUGGGAGUUAUAUGGUUCACCUGGCUUCAAGUAACUCUAUUCGAUAUUCGAUUUGCCCGAGACUCGGUAUUUGAACGGGUCUGCAAAGCCGUUCAAUUAGCUGUUAUGGUCGGAUUUGCCUCCGCUGGAAGUCGAAUCAGCACACGCGUCCGUGAUGAGAACGUCUGGGCGUUUCAGUCGCUGAGCGUCUUUCUUGGUGUUAGCAGGAUUCUAUUGGGGAUCCAGUAUACUGUCAAUAUUGGACUUACUCAUAAGAAGAUGAGAUCUUCUAUGAAGGGGCUGUUUACCAUAGCAGGAACGCUCUUGCUCCUGGGUAUCAUUCAUCUCAGUAUGUACUUUGUGUUCCGGCUGGAGAACCGGACACACUUACACAUAUGGACUGCAUGGUUCGUUCUAUUUGGGUUCGAGACGUGGAUAGUCAUGGCUGUGUCUUGUGUAACUCCGGGGAUAGGAUUCGAAGAGACCCACCUGAACGUGCGGAUGGGCCUUCUCACCCUGAUCAUCAUCGGGGAAGGUGUCAUAUCAGUUACGCGGAUCGUUAACAAAACUGUUGGACCCGGUGGCUGGACUAAGUGGUCGUUUGUCCAUAUUCUAGGCGUCACCACCAAUGUGUACCUUGUGUGGCAAGCAUACUACGAUGUUUCUCCAAGAGGAAUACUUGGCAAAUUGCGCCAGCAGCUAUGGGCCCAGUUGCAUUUCUCGUUUCAUGUGGUGCUUAUUCUUCUUCUUGAGGGAUCGCAGAUACUCGCAUUAACGUUGGAUGUCACGUUGAAGCUGACGUACCUAGCGGAGACGAUUCUGUUCGUAUGCGAAGAACCACGGCCGCGUCCCGCGGAUGGUAUCCGACUUCUGGAAAGUACCAUUGACGAUAUGGAGAUCGACUAUAAACGUGGAGGCAUAGAUGAAAAGCGCGCUAUCUCUCAGAUCCUAGAUGAUUUGUCAAGCGGGCCGUUAUGUCCUGUCGACGAGACGAGUCCCUACACUCUAGACAGUGACCGAGCUGAUAGUCUUAUGGGAAACGUAACUGCUGCCUUAUUUCAGAGUAUGGGAAUAGCACCCUCAGAGAGAAGGGAUAUCGGUCAAUUGAGCAAUGAUCAGCUUUUGAGGCUAUAUAUGAAAAUGAUGGAAUUUGUUUACGUUUACUAUUUCAUCGUGGCGGCGCUCGCGAUGUUCCAUUUUGCUGCUUUCAUGCUGCUAGCGCGGCGCCAUAAGAGGAGGCUGUACAUGAGCAUAGGGGUUGGUGUCCGCGUGGCUCUCGCGAUUUUUUCAGCCAGUUUGAUUUCAUUUACGGAUCACUUCGCCCUUGCAUCUUCUUUUAUGACAUCCCCGACGAUCCUCUACGCGUUUACAUUUAUAUUACUUCCAGGUCUUUUAGUGGACCGGGUAUUGGAUCAGCUUGGACUUUGGAGAGAGGCAGGAUUUGGUCAGGAUCAGAAAAGCGAGACAGAACUAAAGCCUCUAGCUGGAGUACAACCUGCGGAUGCCGAGUCGUCCGGCGGCAUUGAUACCGGAGAUGAUUUCCAGGCUUGA